AUGGAGUUGUCUGAAAUACUGUACAACAAAGCGGAGUAUAUUGAGACGGCUUCUGGCAACAAAGUUAGCAGACAAUCUGUGCUCUGCGGGAGUCAAAACAUCGUACUCAAUGGCAAAACAAUCGUGAUGAAUGACUGCAUCAUCAGGGGGGACCUAGCUAAUGUCAGGGUUGGCAGACAUUGUGUGGUCAAAAGCAGGAGUGUUAUUCGUCCACCUUUCAAGAAGUUCAGCAAAGGAGUGGCCUUCUUCCCGCUGCACAUCGGCGAUCAUGUGUUCAUCGAGGAGGACUGCGUGGUAAACGCGGCCCAGAUCGGCUCCUACGUCCACAUCGGCAAGAACUGUGUCAUAGGUCGACGCUGUGUUUUGAAAGACUGCUGCAAGAUCUUAGACAACACUUAUCUUCCUCCAGAGACGGUGGUGCCUCCUUUUACAGUCUUUUCUGGAUGCCCAGGUUUGUUUUCAGGGGAGCUUCCAGAGUGUACGCAGGACCUUAUGAUUGACGUCACCAAAAGCUACUACCAGAAGUUUCUUCCCCUCAGCCAGAUAUAA